GCUAAAUGUACCCUAAAGAACAGGAAAUGAGCAUUCAACACAUCUCCAAUAACGACAUGUCGCCUGCUUGAACAGCCCCAUUUCUAAAUUAUAACGUUGUUUUUUUUGGCAAACAUCUAUUACUAACAAUAUACAUAUAGCGUGAACAUACGUGGCUAUUGAAGUUUAAUUCCAAAAGUCUCGACUGUGAACGGAGUGUUUUUCCGUGAGCAGGGCGUGUUGGAGUGUGUUUGGGGACUCCUCGUUAGAUGUUAGCUGGUUAGCUCCGGUUCGUUACUUUCUUUGGGGUUUGAUCUUCGGGGUUUGAAGAUGGGCUGCACGCUGAGCACGGACGACAAGGCGGCGCAGGAGCGCAGCAAGAUGAUCGACAGGAACCUGCGGGACGACGGAGAGAAGGCGGCCCGGGAGGUGAAGCUUCUUCUGCUGGGUGCUGGAGAGUCUGGCAAGAGUACCAUUGUCAAACAAAUGAAGAUCAUCCAUGAGGCUGGGUAUUCUGAGGAGGAAUGUAAGCAGUACAAGGCUGUGGUCUACAGCAACACCAUCCAGUCCAUCAUCGCCAUCAUCAGAGCCAUGGGCCGCCUCAAGAUCGACUUUGCUGACUCCGCCAGGGCGGACGAUGCGCGCCAGCUGUUUGUCCUGGCGGGCUCUGCAGAGGAGGGCUUCAUGACCGGAGAGCUGGCCGGGGUGAUCCAGCGGCUGUGGAAGGACGGCGGCGUCCAGGCCUGCUUCGGGCGCUCCAGAGAGUAUCAGCUCAACGACUCGGCUGCUUACUAUCUGAAUGACCUGGACAGGAUAGCCAAUGCCGUUUAUGUGCCCACGCAGCAGGACGUGCUCCGGACCCGGGUCAAGACCACUGGCAUCGUGGAAACACACUUCACCUUCAAGGACCUGCACUUCAAGAUGUUUGACGUUGGCGGACAGCGAUCCGAGAGGAAGAAGUGGAUCCACUGCUUCGAGGGCGUGACCGCCAUCAUCUUCUGCGUGGCGCUCAGCGACUACGACCUAGUGCUGGCGGAGGACGAGGAGAUGAACCGGAUGCACGAGAGCAUGAAGCUGUUCGACUCCAUCUGCAACAACAAGUGGUUCACGGACACCUCCAUCAUCCUCUUCCUCAACAAGAAGGACCUGUUUGAGGAGAAGAUCAAGAGGAGUCCUCUGACCAUCUGCUUCCCUGAAUACGCAGGCUCCAACACAUACGAGGAGGCGGCCGCCUACAUCCAGUGUCAGUUCGAGGACCUGAACAAGAGGAAGGACACCAAGGAGAUCUACACCCACUUCACCUGCGCCACCGACACCAAGAACGUGCAGUUUGUGUUUGACGCCGUCACCGACGUCAUCAUCAAGAACAACCUGAAGGACUGCGGCCUCUUCUGAGGCAGUGCUCGGCCGCCCGCAGUGACUCGUCUUCAAAGGGAGUCUGUGACCGAGGGACCUCUACAUGGACGCUGUGGAGAAUGGCACUGUUAACCUCUUAACUUAUGAUGCUAUCUAAAAGGUUUUAAAGAUGGUGUGUAGAGAAAAAAAAAAAGCAUUUGUGUAUAAUAUUUGUACAACUGUCUAUGGCUGGGGUUUUUCACUGUUUUUUAAAUGUGUUUUACUUCUCAUUUUUUAUUUUAAGGAAAAAUGCUUUUUUGCAUUUAUUUCUUAAUGCUUUUUGAAAGGAUCAAACUUCAUCUUUGAUUUCUCUUUGUAGGAACUUGUGCCUUGCAUGCCUUCGUUGCUGUGUCUUUUAAUUUCCUUUGCCUCAAGUUAGCUGUUUGAUCGUAUAGAUGUUACCAUGGAAACAUUUUAAACCCUCACCAUUCAUGAUGAUCUUGUUUCCACAAGCAUGCAUCACAGAUAAUAUUUUUUUUUUGCUAGCAAGGAAGACCAAGUCGGCCUCUGAAGACCAAUUUACUCUGAGCCUGGAAGACUGUGAGCAUGAUGUCGGCCAUUUUAUGUGUGUUCCUCCCUCCCUUCAAAUGGCUUCUUGGUGUGUGUGUGUGUGUGUGUGUCUCUGAGCGUGUUCAUUUUUGCAUACACGUGAAUACAAAAUAGAAAUCAAAGGGACCUAUUUUCCUCCUAUUCAUCCUCAAAACUUGUGAUUUUUUUUUAUGAGACCAAAAAUGAUACACUGAUUAACAUGUGCAUGGUCUUGAUUGUUGCUAUCAAGGCAAACAUUCCUAUUCCAAAUACACUGAGAUGCUUUGACACAAGGAUCAUCAAGCGACUCUGUAGCAGCAUGGUGGUAAGUCCACUGCUACCAUGGAUGAUAAUAUGUCCUAAUAGUCCCUAAUCACGUGCACUUUGGAUAGAUUAGGAUCUGUACUGGAUUAAGGUUACAAACCCCAAGCCCCAAACCUUUUGAUUCCAUUGGAUGGGGACCAGCAAUUUCCAUAUUUUUUUUGCUAAUAAAAGUGUUGCUAUGGUGAGACAUGGCAACCCAUCCUAUCUA